CCAACUGUUUGAUAAAAUUACCAACUGAAGCCUUAAGAAUCUCAGGUCAAGCUGACCAUUGGUGGAAGAUUUGAAGAAUCGAAAACAACAUUUGCUUGGGUUCCAAGUUCCCACCCACAUCAAGCUGACAAAUUAUUCUGUACUGUUUGAGAUGAUUUUGAAUAAGAGUGAUUGGUGACAUUAGAGAGUUCAUCAUCUUCUUUUUUUCUUCCUCAACCUUCCAGUAGUAUCUGAAGUCGUUGCAGAUAUAUACUUAUAAAACCAGAGUCAAAGAUUGCAAUCCAACAAAAUCCAUGAAGGCUAUAAACAAUCGGUUCCUGUUCAACCUGUCUCUGAUCAAAAUCAAAACCAAAAUCACAACCAACGUCGUCGUUCCUUCUUUGAUCAAGAACAUGUCGACAGGGCAUCAAACAUCUGGUUUUAGUAAUUACAGAUUGGUGGCAAGGAAGUUUCUAGCUCAGCCUGAAAAUGAAGGAGAAGGAGCUUUUGUUAGAAGAAGCCUUGGAAGUAUGGAAUUGAGGCGUUUUGAUCCUUUUCUACUGUUGGAUGAUUUCUCUAUUACUCAUCCUGCUGGAUUUCCUGACCAUCCACAUAGAGGUUUUGAGACUGUUACAUACAUGUUGGAGGGAGCAGUCACUCAUCAAGAUUUUGCAGGACAUGAAGGCACAAUAAGAACUGGUGAUGUACAGUGGAUGACUGCUGGUCGAGGGAUAGUUCACUCAGAAAUGCCUGCAGGAGAAGGUCCCAAUAGGGGCUUGCAGCUUUGGAUAAACUUAUCUUCGAAGGACAAAAUUAUUGAGCCUAGAUACCAGGAGUUGCUUGGGGAGGAGAUCAAGAGGGCAGAGAAAGAUGGGGUUGACGUCAGAAUUAUAGCAGGAGAAUCCUUUGGCAUCAAGUCUCCGGUAUUCACUAGGACACCAGCAAUGUUCCUUGAUGUCAUCAUGAAACCGGGAGCUGAAUGGCACCAAAGCAUCCCAGAGUCCUGGAACUCAUUUGUGUAUGUCCUCGAAGGGGAGGGUUGCUUUGGGUCCUUGAAAUCUUCACCAGCUACAGCUCACCAUCUCUUGCUCUUAGGCCCAGGGGAUGGGCUCAGUGUCUGGAACAAGUCCGCCGAGCCGCUGAGAUUCGUCCUGAUCGGUGGGCAGCCCCUGAAUGAACCUGUUGUUCAGUAUGGGCCCUUUGUGAUGAACACACAAUCUGAGAUCCAAAGAACUUUCGAAGAUUAUCGUCUUCACCGAAAUGGUUUUGAAAAGGCUAGGUAUUGGAAAUCUCAACCUGUCUCAAGUUCAAAAAAUUGAAAUAUGUCGAUCAGGUUUGGAUCUGAGCCAAAGCAUGUCCACCUUGAAAGCAAGGUUAGAAUCUAUAUCUCUGAAUUAAGAUGGAAGGCUGGGAGCAGUGAAGGAAGAACUCUGAUUAUUCAUGUGACAGAAAAUUAUUCUAAGCCUUCAUGAUCCAAAUGGAAAAAUACAACUGCUGUACAGUUCAUGAUGAGACUGCACAUUUUAUCUUUAACUAGAUUUCAUUCUUUGGUUUUCCUAUUCCUUCUGUUACUGCAGCAGGGUCCUGCUUUGGGGCAAAUUGGAAAGGAUCCAUUUUCACUUGUGAUUAAUUCUUUGUAUCUUUAGUGUAUACAAAUGUUUCUUUUUGUGAGAUUUAUUUUU